AAUUAAGAUCCAAACCACUUUCUUUUCUAGGAAAACUAAUCAAAUCAAAUCAAGAGAGGGGAUCAGUUCAUACUAUCCACCUUGGGAUUCAUUUGUUCACUGAUCCAAAUCCAAUAAAAUGGAAGCCAUGUUAAUUUUGUUGGAAUAAGUGAUAUAAUUAUAUUGUUUUGAACAACAAUAAUUUGUCGACGAAAGAAGAAAGAAGAUGAACAACAAAGAAGGAUUACGAGAUCUUUUGUACACAAACGUGAAGAAAGGGAAUUGGGAGGAAGUGAUAAAGAAAUGUGGAGAAGAUAUAGAAGGUUUGGGUAUGAUGCUGACACAAGCAAUGAACACGACGUUGCAUUUGGCUGCAUAUGACAAUAAUGUAGAAGUGGUUGAGAGGCUAGUGAGAAUGAUUAGUAUGUUUGAAAGAAAGGACAUUCUUAGGAUUAAAAAUGAAAGAGGGAACACUCCUCUUCAUGUGGCUGCGACAAUGGGAUGUGCUAGAAUGUGUCGCAUCAUUGGUUCCAUGGAUGAGAAGUUAGUUGAUGAGAGGAACAAAGACGGUGAAACUCCGCUCUUCUUGGCGGCCCUCCAUGACCACAAGAAUGCGUUUUAUUGUCUGUAUGACUUUUGUAAAAUGGACCUUGUUCGAUUUGACAAAAAUUGCAGGAGGACUAAUGGAGAUACCAUUCUUCAUUGUGCUCUAAAAAACGACCAAUUUGAUUUGGCGUUUCAAUUAAUUCACAAGAACAAUGAGGCUGCUGCCUGGGCAGAUAAAGAAGGUCAAACCCCUCUCCAUGUUCUUGCAACUAAACCAUCUGUCUUCGAAAGCGGUGCCCACAUGAGCAGAUGGCAUUACAUCGUUUAUAACUGUAUUCAUGUGGAUGAACUAAAGCCUGAAUCAGGAGCAACUGAAGCAAAGAAAACCACAAAACUAAUGAGAGCUGCUUCCUUUUUCCCAGAAAACUACGCCACUUGCAUUGAUUUCGUUACAAUUUUGUGGGACAAACUUUUAAUCAUUAUCAGUUGGAAACGAGCAACGAAGAGGAAGGAAGAAAUGAACCCGUGUAACUAUAAUGAAACUAAGGGCCUCGAUCUCGAAGUAGAUGUUGACAAGGAAACUGAAAGUAUGGAAAUCCAUCAAUUAGACCUUCCCUCAGACUCUCAACUUCUCAAAAGACCUGGUGGUCAUCCAUUAGAAAGGAAGCCCCCGAGUUCCAUUUUCCCGGAAAAUUAUGAUACGUGUAUCAACAUUUUUCAAUUAUUUUUCUCAGCCAUCAUGAUCAUUUUGGGAUUGGGAUUUGAUCAAAUUAGAGAGCUAAAAGAGGAGAAAAAGAAACACAUAUGGUCAGUUCAAGUGAUGGAGAAACUUCUAAUAUUGAGUCCACCCGAUAAAUAUGGCCAAAACGGAGAUUCUCCCAAGAUCUCAAGCUUACAAAAGGACGAAACAGUUCCUUAUCUUGUCCAAGGACCUUUCGUCCGCUUCAAUAACGAUCAAAUCACAAAUGAAACUAAGUUAGAAGAUAAAGUGAAGGUUAUUGCAAAAGAGACGCCAAUAUUAUUAGCAGCAAAGAACGGGGUGGUUGAGAUGGUGAGCAGAAUAUUCGAACAUUGUCCACUGGCGAUUCGUGAUAGUAACCAAGAGAAGAAGAACGUGGUUCUUUUGGCUGCAGAGUAUCGACAACCACAUGUAUACAAAUUUUUACUUAGAAAAAAGAGCGAUCUUGAAAUCUUGUUUCGAGCUGUGGAUGAGAAUGGUGACAGCGCUGUUCAUCUCGCCGCUCACCUCAAAACUGAUAACCCUUGGCACAUCACCGGACCUGCCUUGCAAAUGCAGUGGGAAGUUAAAUGGUAUAAGUAUGUGAGGGAUUCAGUGGAACCCAAUUUCUUUGUUAAACACAACUACAAGGGAGUACUUGCAAGAAACAUCUUCUACGCCACACACGAGGAGCUAGCUAAAAAGGGUGCGGAGUGGCUUGUUAAGACCGCCGAUUCAUGCUCCGUGGUCGCUGGUCUGGUUGUGACGGUAGCCUAUACUUCAGCCACGAGUGUCCCUGGCGGUAAUGGGAACGAUGGUACCUCGCCAUUUGAAAAGGAAACAGGAUUUUUGAUCUUCUCUAUAGCUUCUCUUGUUGCUUUUUGCCUCUCCUCAACUUCAGUGAUUAUGUUCUUGGGAAUUUUGACCUCGAGAUUUGACGAGAAAGGCUUUGGCUCCAAGUUGCCUGGUAGAUUGUUUGUUGGCCUAUCCUCACUUUUCUUCUCCAUUGUCGCGAUGUUGGUUUCGUUUUGUGCAGGCCACUACUUUCUACUUAGUCACCGCCUUCAAAAUGCGGCGGUUGUCAUCUACAUUGCAACUUCUCUCCCCGUUGCAUUAUUCUUCGUCAAAUCGCAACUUCCUCUUUUUUAUGAUAUGCUCGUUGCCAUUCUCAGUAAGACACCUGAAAGGAGAAGUGAUGAUCCCAUCCCACCUGAAAAGGUGAAGAAUUCCGAAAAAGUGAAAGGAGAUGAAAAGAAUCAAUCACCUAAAAGAGAACAAGGUCUUUGACCUUAAUCCUCGAGGUCACCCAUGCAUAUAUAUUAUAUACCAUGUUAUUGUGUUUGGAUUAUGAAUGAUAAUAUUUGAACCAUAUUUGAAACUCUCUUAUGUGUGCAUAAAUUAAAUAGUGCAAUACCUUUUAUUUUAUUCUUU